AUGACUUCGAAAAUCGAUAUUGUAAAGGACGAGGCAUUACGAAAAGAAACGUCUAUUGGCAAGACCAUAGAUGCCAAACCAAAACAAGCUACUACUGGUAGAGAGAUUAUCUCAUUAUAUUUACAGGGCGAUGCAGUUGCGUCGAUAACCUAUCGUAAGAUAUGCAAUGCACUAGAAGUGCUGCCUAAUUGGGAGCCGGAAGCAAAGGUUCAGUUCCUGGAGCAGUUUCUGAAUAUCAGUGAUCUUUUGGAUAAUCGCUGUGCUGGUCUAGUGUCGAAUUUGGCUCGUCUAAAUUGGCAAGCAGUUCCUGCUCAGAUUUUGGAUAAGUUCCAAAAAUUGCUAUGUGAUAUCGCCGUACGACAGGUAUGCCAUAUGGAAGUUAUAUACAGUUCUGCUGUCAAUAAUCUGAUUCCUGUAGUAAGAGAAAAUGAAGAGAGCGGAAAGUUUGAGCUUGCUCUACCAGCGGAAGAGCAGGAGAAAUUAUACGCUGCUGCACAUAGGAUAAUUGAACAAAUCCUCAACUGUUUACCCAUGUUGAACAUGUUAUCGAAAGCGGAAUGCCGUGCAGAGAAAAAAAUCACUGCUGAUGCAACGAUUUUCCAAAUGGACGAAGAGGAACGAAACGGACUAGAGAGUGAGAAUGAAGAGAGUGAGCGUUUGGCGAAAUUGGAUGGAGCUAUGCGAGAUGUGCUUUGUUAUAUUGCAGCUCAACAUGGAAUUGAAACCGGGCUGGGUGAUUUGAAAUGGCUGCAUCUCAAUGAUGGCUCAAACGCACAAGAGCUGUUCAGUAUCCUUUCGUCGCUGCUGGAAGAUCGCAUGCUUCUUUCGGUACAUGUGCGGUAUACUUCUUUCCUGUGGUUGUAUCUCUGCAGUAUUGAAGAGACAUAUGCUACUCGAAUCUUGGACCUACUUUGGUCUGUUAUUGUGCGACCCCAUGUUGCUCAGGUUGACAUAGCAAAAGCGCAAGGAGCAGCAGCUUACCUGGCCGCCUUUCUUGCCAGAGCGGAGUAUUUAGAUGUAAAAAUAGCAAUGUUCUGGAUGUCACGGAUUGUACAGUGGUGUUUGCAGUAUUUAGAUAAUUGCGGAGUUGGUUCGAAAAGAUGGUGUUUGCAGUAUUUAGAUAAUUGCGGAAUUGGUUCGAAAAGAGUAAUAGCCGGAAUUGUCCGACAUGGAACGUUUUAUGCACUAUGUCAGGCAUUUUUCAUAAUUUUCUCUUUCCGCUAUAAGGAAAUUGUCCGCCUUGGAGAAAUGGGUAGUGUCGCACACUGGGGUUUGGCUCGUAUCGUGCAUUCUUGUUUGGAUCCUCUGAAGUAUGUAAGCGGUCCUGUUGGCCAAUGUUUUGCAGCGAUAAGCAGGUCUCUCCAACUCGUCUAUUGUAACCACGUAUUACCCUUGGAUUCGGGUGUCAACCUUCCUUUCGAGCCGAUGUUUCCUUUCGAUACUUACAAGCUUAAAAGUUCGGUGGCCGUGGUUCUACCAUUGUUGCGGAGGUUCUCUCCUCUGGCAGAAGAUAAGAGCGAGCUUAUCUCCGCUUUACGGUGCUCUGUAAGCAAGAAUCAGGAGGAAACGAUGGACUUUCUCGACGACGAGGAUGAGAUUAUG